GAUCGCCACCCUCUGGGAACGAUUGCCGGAGGGCGACAAGGCCCUAGUUCGCUUUCCGCCACGCCACCAGGAAAGACUGGUGCAGGGGAGGUUCCGAUGCAAGCACUCGCAGACCAGUGUCACACCGGGAGUGGAGAGCUUGCAACGGUGUAUGGUCGGCCAAGGCAGUCAAGCUGCACAGAUGCCAAACAUCAGCCGCCUUGUGGAGGCCGUUGGUGUACAGCUGUCCAGGAUUCACCCCGAAGGAACCACCGUCAGCGGCGUGAGGGUGAACCGCUGGGCAGCUGUGAUGCGUGAUUACAUCUGCAUCCAGGAAAAUAUCCUCACAAACCCGGUACUCAUGGCCCAGACACGAAUCCAGUUAUUCCCCCUCAAUCAGCGCACCCUGGCACAAUGGCACUACGCUCGCACCAGGGAGCUGGUACGGCGGGCUCUGGAGAUGGCCGUGCCACUGCCAACCAGCUCGGCCCUUGCUUCAGAGCCCACCCCUGCCGUACGACCACGACCCACGGGCCCCGAGCAGUCCGCUGCACAACCAUUGGAAUUCCAUAACCCACCUGACCUAUCUGGUCAGGCGACGCAGCGACGUCGGGGCCCCGUGGAUGUGGCACCAGCCAUCAUUGGGCAAACCCACAUGAAGCACCCGUCACCCAGCCACUCUCCCCGCCGGCUGACACUGCCACUCCUCCGCUUCCACCGCCGCCGGCAGGACCCCCAAAAGAAGAUUUUAAAGAUGUUUGUACUGCAAAUAUCAGACUUGAAUGAACUGCUCAAGCUGGUAGCAGUGCUACAGCUGGAAGGUCUCCAUUUCCCAGCAGCCCCAAAGGGGAUUACCUUCAUUGGAUGUCAGAAACGGGAGCAGGGGCUGCUGAGGACAAGAAAGGCCAGCGGGAAACUUGAAAAGGGGCUGGCAAAGCAGCAAGGAGAUUGA